ACCUAAAACCAAAUAAGGAAAUUACGUGUUGCGCGUGCGGCCAUGGCCUCAAAUUGAAAAUAGACUUGAAGACGCCGGCGUUGAAUAAAAGAGGACAAGUUGUUCAGAGACACGAAACCAGGAUGGGGGACAUUGUGGAGGACAAGGCCAGUUUUUACUCCAACGCUGAGGGUUACUGGAAGGAUGUUCCCCCCACGGUGGACGGGAUGCUGGGGGGCUACAGCAGCAUCUCCAGCAUCGACAUCAAUGGGUCCAAAGCUUUCCUGAAGAGAUUCCUGGGAGAUGGUGAAGGGAAGACCGGAACCGGCUGCGCUCUGGACUGCGGAGCCGGGAUCGGCAGGAUCACCAAACGUCUGCUGCUGCCUCUGUUCCAGACUGUGGACCUGGUGGACGUGACACAGGAGUUUUUGGAAAAGGCCAAGUCCUACCUGGGGGACGAGGGGAAACGGGUGGGGAACUACAUCUGUUGCGGUCUGCAGGACUUUGUACCAGAGGCCAGACGGUACGACGUCAUUUGGAUCCAGUGGGUCAUCGGUCACCUGACAGACGACCACCUGGUGGACUUCCUGCACCGCUGCCAGAAGGCGCUGCGACCCGGCGGACUCGUCGUCGUAAAGGACAACGUGUCAUACGAAGGCGUAAUCCCGGACGAGGUGGACAGCAGCGUGUGCCGAGACCUGGGAAUCGUUCGGAGCCUGGUGGCCAGAGCUGGGCUCCGGAUCGUCCACGAGGAACAGCAGAUGAACUUACCCAAGGAGAUCUAUCAGGUGCACACGCUGGCGCUCCGGUAGAUGCCGCUGCACCACCUGGCCGUCAGUGGAUGGCGAACCAACAGACAUGAUUUUACCUGCGUUACAAAGUCACGAUGCAGCUUUGUGGGGUCCAUGCUACAAUGCUGCUCCUGAACUGCGUCACCAUGACAACAGGUGCUGGAAGCCCUUCACGCUCAGACGAAGCUCUGGUCUGCUUUUUUGUUUAAAAAAAAAAAAGAGCCCAAAACGUGUUUAAAUAA